AAAUGCAUUGCAGGGGAAAGAAGUGGAUGUGGAAAUAGGCAAGAUAAUGUCCUGGCAUUCAUUUGCUCAAUGUAAAUGCAUCUGUUUACAACCGAUUGAUUUGAUUGUCCAUCACUGUACAUGUAAAACAUGAGUUCUGGUGGACAAGAACAAAGGGCAAGACUUCAGCAAUUCCUGUCGGAGCUUGCAAUAUUGGGUUCUUUACAGGGCUUCCAUUAUUUUCAGCCCUGGCUAAGAGGCAGAGAGGAACUUCUGCUGACUGUGGUCAAUGAUGACUUGAGAUGCCGUUCUCCUGGGUUCGCCAUUUCUGUGGCCUCCACCUUUACCAGCUCAACUUGCAGUAGCAUUUACAGCCUGGACAGCGACUAUACCAGCUCGCCUUUAGCAGGAGAAGGGCCACUUCCACAACACAAACAAGAGACACCAGAUGCCACACAGCAACAAACUCCCAGCAGUUAUAGGAAUGUUGAUUCUCAUCUUCUCCCAGCCUCACCCAGUGAGAGAGAGAUCGCUGUUCCUGAAAUUAACUGCACCCUGUUCCUGUUAGCCGGCUAUGCCAAGUAUGGGCAACCUUAUGCCUGGAUUCGAUCCAAUCAUGAGCGCCUAGUAAACAUCGGAGGAACUGAUACACUAGUCAGAGAUACACCAAUGAAGCUGAAGUCCAUCACAGACUGGGUUUCAACAUCCCAAGGAACUCAUGUUUGGGACAUAGUGAGUGAGAUGGUGGGACUGUGCACCAUGCCGCCUCCCGACAACCCCUUCUCUUUGGACAUGAGCUACCUCCAAACCCUGUCCCUCCCAGAGCGCUUCCUGGUCACUGGGGCCCUCCUGAAUUUCCUGGAGAUGAUUGUGGUUCAGGGAAACCGAGAGGAAAUGUUCUAUGAUAUGGUUGUGGAAGAGUUGAAGCCACUGAGAAGACUUCAUUUCCAAAGCCUUUCUGAGGUCCAAAGAUUUCAGGGUAGUAACAGGACUCAUCAUUUACCCGCCAAAUGA